CUAGUUAAAUUUUUAGCUUAUCUCUACGGGCUAGCUACCAUUAAUUUUUCUUCUGGAGCUGAUACGGCAGAAUUUCUUCCAUCUUUAAACUUAUCACGACAGGCGCGCGUUCGGCAAACACUUGCGCAGCCUCGACCAACCCAAAACUAUACGAACAAUGUCGGCUCCAAAACCAGAGUUUAUCAAGUGCACAGGUCAUAAAUCAUUCACUCAGCGCCUAGUACUUGCGACAUUAACAGGCCGACCUCUACAUAUAUCAAAGAUCCGGUCGAAUUCCCCCACCAAUCCUGGUCUCGCCCCGCAUGAGAUCUCGUUCCUUCGUCUGCUCGAAGCUGUCACCAAUGGAAGCUCUAUGCAGAUUUCCUACACCGGUACGACGAUAACGUAUCAGCCUGGUUUGAUCACGGGUGCCAUACCGGGCUUCGGCGCCACAGACGACGUCCUCGAACAUCACCUACCAGCGAAUUGCUCACGAGGCGUCACAUACUUCCUCCUACCACUAUGCCUUCUCGCGCCUUUUUCUAAGUCCCAUAUGAAUGUCCGCUUCUCGGGGCCGGGCGUCAUCACAUCAGCUACCGAGACGGGCGACCUUUCCGUCGACUCCUUCCGUACAGCCAUCCUACCCUUAUACAACCUCUUCGGCAUUCCCGCAGCACGGAUAGAGCUGCGAGUUCUUCAGAGAUCAUGCGCCGGGCCUCACGGUACUGGUGGCGCGGGUAUCGUCGAACUUAGAUUUGCAAGCCAGGUUCGGUUACCGAAGACAUUACAUCUAAACAGAAGCCCCGGCAGGAUAAAAAGAAUACGAGGAGUCGCAUAUGCGACAGGUGUGUCAGCGUCAAAUAAUGCCCGUAUGAUACACUCUGCGCGUGAAAUACUUAACCCACUCGUAUCGGAUAUACAUAUCGCGGCACAAUACGACCAGGCGCCGUUAGUCCCGGAUGCGGCAGAAAAAGCUGGCAGUAAGAAAAGAAUGGGUAUUGGUUUUGGUCUCAGUUUAGUUGCGGAGUCGAGCGCCGUGGGUGUACUAUACUCGGCAGAUGUUGUAGUACCGCCUAAGGGAGGAGUAGUCCCCGAAGAUAUUGGAAAGAGGUGUGCAUAUCAACUCCUAGAAACCAUAAGUCUAGGAGGUUGUGUUACCGGAGCAGCCGCAGGGACAGUCUUGACGCUGAUGGCUAUGGGAUCCGAAGAUGUUGGACGUUUACGACUUGGAAGAGACGUUGUGGGGACGGAACAGAUUAUAGGACUCGCACGAGAUCUUAGAAAAUUUGGGGCUAGUAGUUGGGGGCUUCGGGACGCAGAAGAUGACGACUCAGGCGACAUAAUAGUCUCGGUAAAAGGGACUGGAGUCGGUAACGUGGGUAGAAAGAUUGCGUAGUAAUGAUAUCCUUGAAAUUUGU